AUGACGAAGCCGGCGGCGAGGAGCGCGUCGACGGUGUCGGAGGCGGUGGCGGCGGCGGAGAGCGCGCGGCGGGUGGCGCCGAUGAAGCUGCUGGUGCGCGUGGUGGAGGCGCGGGGCCUCCCCGCCGUGCACCUCAACGGCUCCAGCGACCCCUUCGUGAAGCUCAAGCUGGGCAAGCGCCGCGCCAAGACGGCCGUCGUGAAGCGCAGCCUGGCCCCCGCCUGGGACGAGGAGUUCAGCUUCCUCGUCGGCGACGUCGCCGAGGAGCUGGUGGUGUCGGUGCUCAACGAGGACAAGUACUUCAGCAACGACCUGCUGGGCCUGGUCCGGGUGCCGCUGUCGCAGGUCAUGGAGACCGACGACCUCUCCCUCGGCACCCAGUGGUACCAGCUCCAGCCCAAGAGCAAGAAGUCCAAGAAGAAAUGCCGCGGAGAAGUUUGUCUGCACGUAUCAUUGUCCACAAGAACCCACGUAUCUGACGAAUCACAGAGUGUUCCUCAUCCGGCUUCAGAUGACUUAGCAUCCAGUUCAGACAGCCCCAUUGAGCGCAAAACAUUAUCGACAACAUGUAGCUGCAUCGACCUAUCAGCCGUUUCCAGCAUCGAACCCCGAGCAUCUCACAGCAGCUUCGAACGAUUCCCGGACAGCAUUCUGGAUCUUCCAGCCCGGAGUAGCGUGGAAGAGGCAGCCUCUGAACCUGGACCACCAGCUGCAGACACUGAUGCAACGCCGCCAAAUCCGUCAUCGGUGGUAGAGGUCUUGUCCCGCUAUUUCUUCAGGAAACCUGAGAAUGCUGCUCCUACUGUGCAGCCUCCGACUGCAUCAGACACUGAUCAGCCAGUUGAUCAUCAGUUGCAAGAGCCAAACGCGAGCUCAUCAGAAGAUCGUGAAAUCCCUGAGAAAGGCACGGUGGUACCUGAGUCAAGUCUUGAUGAGCUGCUCAAAGUCAUGGAGUCGAAAGAUCAAGGCAGUGAGAUGCCAGUCAACUUGCCUGGUGGUGUGCUGGUUGACGAAUCUUAUGUCGCCGCGCCGACCGAGUUGAAUUCUCUCCUGUUCUCUCCGAAUUCAGACUUCUGGCCAGCAGUGGCAGAGCUUCAGGGAACAAGUGGGUUUCAGAUUGAACCAUGGAAACUUGACAGCAAUGAGAGCUGUGUGCAAAGAACAUUGACUUACACAAAAGCUGCAAGCAAGUUGGUUAAAGCUGUGAAAGCCACAGAAGAACAGAAGUACCUGAAAGCAGCCGCAAAUUCUUACGCGGUGUUUUCUGUUGUCAGCACUCCUGAUGUUCCCUGCGGAAAUUGCUUCAAGGUGGAGAUACUGUACUGUAUCACACCAGGUCCCCAUCUAUCAUCUGAAGAGCAAACAUCUCAUCUUACUGUAAGCUGGAGGGUAAACUUUGUUCAGAGCACAAUGAUAAAAGGAAUGAUUGAGAAUGGUGCAAAACAAGGCAUGGCCGAAGGCUAUGCGCAGUUCUCUGAAGUACUAAACCAGAAGCUUAAAGUAGCCGAGCUUGAUGAUGCUAAUUCAAACAAAGAAAAGAUUUUAGCCUCAUUACAUGCACAAAAGGAAACAGGUUGGCGGUUGAUUGUCCGCUUUCUCGGGAACUUCACAUUCAUAUUCUCUAUUGCCAUAGCACUAUAUGUUAUAGCACACCUUCAUUUGUCCAAGCCUGAUGUGACGCAUGGGCUUGAGUAUUUUGGCCUUGACCUUCCAGAUUCAAUUGGGGAGGUUGUAGUUUGUGCAGUUUUAAUUCUUCAGGGGCAGAGCAUUGUCAAAGUAACACGGCGCUUCUUAAGUGCAUGGAAACAAAGAGGUAGUGACCAUGGGGUCAAAGCUCACGGUGAUGGUUGGUUGUUGACUGUUGCACUCAUCGAAGGCACUGGUAUUACAGCUACUGGUUCAUCUGACCUAUUUGAUAUCUAUGUUGUUUUUACAUGCAAUGCUAAGAGGAAAACAAGCUCAAUUAAAUUUCAGACAUCAGAUCCAAAAUGGAACGAGAUAUUCGAAUUUGAUGCUAUGGAUGAUCCUCCAUCAAGGAUGGAUGUUGCUAUUCAUGAUUCGAGCGGACAAUGUGUCAUUGGUCACACAGAAGUCAACUUUUUGAAAAACAAUUUGUCAGAAUUAACUGACAUAUGGCUUCCUCUCAAUGGGAAGUGUGAUCAAGCAAGUAACCCUAAAUUGCAUUUGAGAAUAUUUUUGAACAACUCGAGGGGGACUGAAGUUGUCAUGAAUUACCUAGCAAAGAUGGGAAAAGAAGUUGGUAAGAAGAUAAAUUUGCGGUCAACCCAAACAAAUGUAGCAUUCCGAAAGCUGUUUGCCCUCCCUCCAGAAGAGUUCCUCAUCGACGAUUUCACCUGCCAUCUGAAACGGAAGAUGCCACUUCAGGGCCGCCUCUUUUUCUCUCCAAGAAUAGUUGGAUUUUAUGCCAACAUAUUUGGACACAAAACCAAGUUUUUCUUUUUGUGGGAGGACGUCGAUGACAUCCAGGUUAUCCCUGCUACACUGUCAAUCGGUAGCCCGUCUUUGAUGAUCAUCCUUCGAAAGGAUAGAGGUUUAGAAGCAAAACAUGGUGCCAAGGGAACAGAUCAUCAUGGAAGACUCAAAUUUAAUUUCCAAUCUUUUGUUUCCUUCAAUGAUGCUUACAGGAUAAUCACAGCAAUUUGGAAAAUUCGAGCACUCAGUCCAGAACAGAAGGGGGAGGCGAUCGAAAAAGAUGAAGUGAAAGAACUACUGCCUGAAGAAGGCGGAUCCUUGUUCACUAAUGUGGAUGUUAAAAUGUCUGAAAUAUUUUCAUCAGUUCUUUCUGUUGAUGUCGAGUCCUUGAUGGAGAUGUUUUCAGGAGGUCCCCUGGAGCACAAAAUGAUGCAAAAGGCCGGUUGUAUAGACUACACUGCCACACAAUGGGAACUUGUAGGAUGCAAUAUACAGCAGCGGCAAACAAGCUAUAAGUUCGACAAAAACUUGUCUCGGUACGGAGGAGAAGCGACCACCACUGAGCAGAAGUAUAGCUUGGUCAACCAAGAUGGAUGGGCCAUUGAAAAGGUGAUGACCCUCCAAGGUGUUCUGCUUGCAGACUACUUCAAUCUCCAGAUGAAGUACUAUAUCACGAAUAUACCUUCGAAACCAAAUACAUGCAGUAUGCUGGUUUUGUUGGGGAUUGCCUGGUUAAAGAGUACCAAGCAGCAGAAGAAGGUCACGAAGACUAUUAUUUCCAAUACCUCAAAUAGAUUGAAGGAACUCUUUGCUGAAGUCGAGAAGGAGCUUACAUCAAAAAACGGUAGCCUUCUUAAUGCAGCAACUGGUCCCACUGCUGCUUAA